UGCAUGCACUUUGAGUAAUCAGUUUGUGAGUAGAGUUCGUGACGAUCGCAUAUUAUUGCGUUGUAUGUCGGAUGAAUUUUUAAGAUCUAAAUAAAAAAGUAACAAUACAAAUGCACAUAUAUAUAUAUGUGUGUGUACAUAUCUUAAGUUAAGUGCAGUCAAGGAAAAAAUAUAACAAAAGAAAGUAUUAAAAAAUUUUGAAGUGCAGUGUUGAACGCAUAUGCUCUACUCAAACCAAUAAGAAGAAAAAGAAGAAAUUUUUAAAAAACAAAUUUGUGGAAAAUCAGAAAUUGACCAACUCAACGAAUUUACUUAAACGCUUGCAAGUUCGUUUCGUACGCCACAGACACCACUUGGAUUACGGGUUUCCGGUUGCGCGACACGCUGAACAAACAAUUUAUGUAUAAAUAAAUCAAAAAUAAUUAAAGUUGAAAGCCAAAGGAAAAAGAAACAACAACAACAACAAUAAUGCAGAGAACAGUGCAAAUUGUUGAAGUGGCACAAAAUUAGUGCAAAAAAAUUGAAAAAAAAUAUAUUUAUUUUUCACAAAAUAAACGCAUAAUUUUGCCUAAAAUGCGUAAAUUAAAGAAAUAACGUUUUUUAACAACGCAGCGGAAAAUAAAUCAGCAACACCUUGCAGAGUGUGCAUUUUUUUUUGGUUAAUGUGUGAAUGUUUGUGUUUGUGCAAUUGUGCAAGAAAUCACAGAAAAAUUAACGCACAGCCAAAAUUAAAAAAAAAAUUGAAAUUCCAAAAAAUACACGUUUAAAAAUUCAAACCAAUUGAAAUUUUAACAAAAAAAAAAAAAAAUCAACAACACAAUGUCCACCAAAAUGACACUCAUCUCGAAAACAAUACUCUCCGUCCUCAUCACCGUCAUCAUACCCGUGCUCGGUGCGGCGCUUAGCAAAACGGUGCUCUAUCAAGCGCCCGAUGAGUGCCGCUGGUCCGGCACCAGCGAGACAGACAUAACGCUCGUCUGCCACCUGCGCACGAUCAACUCUGAGUUGGAGAACACCAACUUCAGCGUCAUACAACCACAGAAUACGAUACGUCUGCGUCUGGAGUGCAAUGAUGCACUCUUCUUCCAGAGCAGUCUCAGUCCGGAUUCUUUUCGUUCGCUCGUGGAGUUGCGCGCCCUCACCAUUGAAUAUUGCAAAUUGGGCAAUAUCACCGAGGGCUCAUUUCGCGGUCUGCAGGAUUUGCGUAAUCUCACCAUACGUACGCAUAACGGCGAUUGGUCCACAAUGUCGCUGGAUAUAGCGAGCAGUAGUUUUAGCGAAUUUCGUCAGCUGGAUCGUUUAGAUCUGAGCUUGAAUAACAUCUGGUUGAUACCCGAUGGCAUGGUGUGUCCACUCAAAGUGUUAACUCACCUCAAUAUCUCACAUAAUGAGAUACAGGAUAUUGGCAAUUUCCAUUUCAGCGCUGCGCUUAGCUCACGCAAAUCUCGCAUUUGCGGCUCAUCGCUGACGCACAUUGACCUGAGCGCGAAUAAAAUAGCAAAUCUGCCAUCGGCCAUCUUUUCCGGCUUGGGUCGCUUGAACAAUUUGAAUUUGGCGCGUAAUGGCAUGAAUUUCAUAGCAGAUCGUGCGUUUGAGGGUUUGGUCUCACUUGCCGUAGUUAAUCUCUCCGGCAAUCGUUUGACUUCGCUGCCACCAGAGCUCUUCGCGGAGGCGAAGUAUGUGAAGGAGAUCUAUUUAAAGAAUAACAGUAUUAAUGUGCUUGCGCCUGGUUUAUUCAGUGAUCUUGCCGAUCUCUUGGUGUUGGAUAUGUCUGCGAAUGAGCUGAACUCACAGUGGGUGAAUGCAGCGACUUUUGUUGGCUUGAAACGUUUGGUGUUGCUUGAUUUGUCAGCGAAUAAGAUUAGCAAACUUGAGGCGAGCAUCUUCCGUUCACUUAGCUCCUUGCAGAUACUAAAACUUGAGGAGAACUACAUCGAUCACGUACCAGAUGGCGCAUUCGCCGAUCUAGCCAACUUACAUACGCUCAUAUUGUCAAACAAUCGCAUCUCCACGCUUGGACCGCACACACUACGCGGUCUCUACGGCAUACUUGUACUGAGUCUCGACUACAAUCGCAUCGCCAAGAUAGACACGCAAGCUUUGCGCAAUUGUUCCAGCAUACAGGAUUUGCAUUUGAAUGGCAAUCAGCUGCAGACCAUACCCGAUGCGCUAAACGCUGUGCCACUGCUGAAGACACUCGACAUUGGCGAGAAUUUAAUUAAGAACAUUGAAAAUACCAGCGUUUCGGCAAUGGCCAACCUGUAUGGUCUGCGUCUAACGGAGAAUGCCAUUGAGUUUAUACGCCGCGGUGUGUUCGAUCGCAUGACAUCACUGCAGAUACUAAAUUUGUCUGGCAAUAAAAUCAAAGGCAUCGAAGCUGGCGCGCUGCAUCGCAACACACAGCUGCAGGCCAUACGUUUGGAUGGUAAUCACUUGAAGAGCAUCGACGGCCUAUUCACCGAAUUACCAAAUUUGGUGUGGCUUAACAUUUCGGAUAAUCGCUUGGAGAAGUUCGACUACUCGCACAUACCGACCGGUUUACAGUGGCUAGAUGUGCGUGCCAACCGCAUUACACAGCUGGGAAAUUAUUUCGAAAUUGAAAAUGAGCUAAGCUUGAGUACAUUCGAUGCGAGCUCAAAUAUGUUAAGUGAGAUUACGGCCAGUUCGAUACCGAAUAGCGUGGAAGUUUUAUACUUGAACGAUAACAUGAUCAGCAAAAUACAACCGUACACAUUCUUCAAGAAACCCAAUCUGACGCGCGUCGACCUCAUACGCAAUCGCCUUACAACGCUGGAGCCCAAUGCGUUGCGCCUCUCGCCCAUACCCGACGACAAGGACAUACCCGAAUUCUACAUUGGCCACAAUCCAUUCCAGUGUGAUUGCAAUCUAGAUUGGUUGCAGAAGGUCAACAGCGAGUCACGCACGCAACCGCAACUCAUGGAUCUUGAUCAGAUCUACUGUAAGUUGUCGUAUGCGCGCGGCAAGACGCACGUGCCGCUAAUAGAGGCUAAAUCGAAUGAGUUCCUCUGCAAAUACGAGGCACACUGUUUCGCUUUGUGCCACUGCUGUGACUUUUACGCGUGCGAUUGCAAAAUGGAGUGUCCCGAUCGUUGUGCCUGCUAUCACGAUCAAUCGUGGACAUCGAAUGUCGUGGACUGCUCACGUUCCGCCUACGAUCGCACACUGCCUUCGCAUAUACCCAUGGAUGCUACGCAAUUGUAUUUGGAUGGCAACAACUUCCGUGAACUCUCCAGCCACGCAUUUAUUGGACGCAAGCGUCUAAAGGUUUUGCAUUUGAAUCAUUCGCGUAUUGAAAUUGUGCAAAAUCGCACUUUUUACGGUCUGCUAGAGCUAGAAGUGUUGCAGUUGAAUCACAAUAACUUGCGCCAACUGAAUGGUAAUGAAUUCCAGGGUUUGGAUAAUCUGCAGGAGUUGUAUUUGCAACAUAACGCCAUUGCGACCAUCGAUACGCUCACCUUCACACACCUCUACCAUCUCAAAAUAUUGCGCCUUGACCACAACGCUAUUACCGAGUUCGCCAUUUGGAAUUUCCUGCCGUCCUACUUGAAUGAACUCCGCCUUGCAGGCAAUCCUUGGUCUUGCCAUUGUGACUUUAUCGAUAAAUUGCGCGAUUAUGUCAAUCGCCACGAGGCUGUACAGGAUAAAGUGAAGUUACGUUGUUCCUUACUCGCCGGUAGCAAUGCUACUACAGCGGACAACAACAAUAGCGCGCAGCCACCAGCGAGCGAGCAAUUGGCGAUCUAUCUCAGCGGCGAUCCAGUGCUGGAUGCACAGACCCAUUUUGUGGCAUGCAAUGGUGGUUUGCAAGCGCCACAACACCAAACGCCAUUAGGUGCUGGGGAUCCCAAUGAUAAUGUGAUCAUCAACGGCAACAUGACCUCGACGAAAAUGAUACUCUCACAACCACCCAUGCACGAAUAUGUGCCAAUACUUGUCGCGAUAUUGACCAGCUUCGUCUUUGUGAUCAUCUGCACGCUGUUGGUGUUUAUCUUCCGUCAAGAAAUGCGCGUUUGGUGUCACUCACGCUUCGGUGUGCGACUCUUCUGCAAUGCAAACCGUGAUGUUGACAAGAAUGAACGUGAGAAGCUCUUCGAUGCCUUCAUCUCGUACAGCUCCAAAGAUGAAGCUUUUGUAUGUGAAGAUCUUGCGCCCAUGUUGGAGCAGGGCGACACACGCUACAAACUCUGCCUACACCACCGCGAUUUCCCAGUAGGCGGCUAUAUGGCCGACGCCAUUGUGCAAGCUAUCGAUACCUCACGCCGCACCAUCAUGGUACUCUCCGAGAAUUUCAUCAAAUCCGAGUGGUGCCGCUUUGAAUUCAAAUCAGCGCAUCAAUCAGUGCUCCGUGAUCGUCGACGCCGUCUCAUACUCAUCGUGCUCGGCGAAGUGCCACAAAAAGAUAUCGAUCCCGAAUUACGUCUCUAUUUGAAGACGAACACAUAUCUGCAAUGGGGCGACAAAUUGUUCUGGGAAAAACUGCGCUUCGCUCUACCCGACGUGCCGAACAAUCAACGACGCAUGCGCAACGCUGGCGGCGGUGUGGGCAGCUGUAGCGGUGUAGGUGUGCAUAUGCCCAUCGCUCAACUGCCACCCACACAUCAUCACCAUCCGCAUCACAUGCUCUCAGCUGGCGCCGGCGCAGGCGGUCCGGGCAGCAAUAUGGGUCCACCCAAUACUCAUCACAUGCAUCAUAUGCAUCCGCAAGCCUCACUGCAACAUCAUCAGCUACAACAUGCCAGCUUCCGUUCGCAAAUGCAUCACAACAUCAACGGCAGCCGUCAGAAUCACAAUCGAAAUAAUUCAGCGGCUGCUGCGGCUGCCGCACAACAGCAGCAACAACAUCAGCAAGCGGCCAUGCUAAUGGGUGCGCCCAUGCAAUGCGCCCAGCUGCCACUACCGCCUCAACAGUCACAACAAUUGCUGCCGACAGCGUCAAGUGCGAGCGUGCAGCCAAGCAGUAUACAACAGCAACAGUUGCCGCCACCACCGUGCCCCAGUCCGCGCAGUAUUACAACGCAAUCCUCGGCGGCGGGUGGCAGCUCACAGAGUUCCGGUCGGACAAUGGGUGUGCACAUCUGAGAGAUGUUGCAGCUGGAGCAGCAGCUAUAGUGCUAGCAAUAGUAUGUAACGUGUAAGUGUGUGAAGUGUAUGCCAGUGUGAGAGUGUAUUAAAUAGCUGUUGGCGUGGCGGUGGGUGUAUGGGAGGAAGAAGAGUGUGCGCAAAAAAUUGCCUUGCGAAAUUGGGCAGUGCUGAAGGCGACUGUGCGCUGUGUUUCACGUAGUGAAAGUGUCGCCGAGUGCCGUUAGCGAGCUUUCAAGCUUUCAAAGCUCAAAUAGCUUAGUUUGCCCAAUCCUCAAUAGUUUUCUUAUGAUUUUAUGUUGACUAACUUGUUAUCAAGUGCAAAGAUUAGUGACUCCCUUGCCUGUGUACCUUUAUCUUCUGCACAAUCAUAGCUAAAUCAGCUUCAACUCUGCUCUUUUGCAUAAAUAUUUCGAUUUUGUGCUUUCUUCUACUACUACUAACUUUAUGUGCGCAUUGGCAUUAGCUUGUAUGUAUGUAUGUAUGUAUGUACAUAAUAUUUUAGCACAAAUCUCCAUAUAUCUAUUAUUUGUUUGUGCCUUCAUUUAUUGCCACAUUUUUGCCUUUCACAUUUUGAAUUUUCCAUUCAAUAGCGGUUUGCCUAACAUUUCCCAACAAAUUCAGGUCAAGUAAAUCUUUGUAGCAAAAGUAGCAAAACAUCAAACAUACAAAUAUACAUUGAAUGGUAGUAUUUUUUUUUUUUUUUUUUUUUAGCAAAACAGAGGGGAAAA